UAACAUGGCUCCCAGAAAGGGUUCGAAAAGUGUGAAAACAUCAAAAGUAUUAAAUUAUAAUGCCUUAAUUUUAAAAGACGUACUGUGCCCGAUUUGUAGAAGUAUUUUAAUUGAACCAGUGACUCUUCCCUGCAAUCAUGGAUUUUGUUCUUCUUGUUUUGAUAACACCAUGCAAAAUGCAAACUUAGUUUGUCCACUGUGCAGGAUUAGAAUAGGAUCUUGGCUUAGAAAGGCGAAAAAAGAAGUCAAAUUGAUAAAUUAUGAAUUGUGGGAUGCCAUAAAAGACAAAUUUCCUCAGCAAGUCAAAAAUAAAAUGAAUGGAAUAGACGAAAAUUUAGAGGAAGAAACGGACGUAAUAGUUGCUUAUCCUGGAGAAAUUCGUAAAGAAUAUGAAAUGCAAAAACAGAGAGAAGAUGAGGAAUUUAGGAAGAAAUGUGAAGCUGAUUUGAAAGCUAGUGAAGACCUUAUAAAGAAGAUUUGUGAAGAAGAACAUUAUGAGCGUGCUGUGAUGGAAGAAAAACUCAAGCUCGACGAACAAGUUGCAAAAAAGUUAGCUGAAGAAUUAGCUUCGACUAAUCCUUCUACUUCAAAAACAAAACAAACCAAGAGAUUUGGCCCCAUGGAUAAGUUUGUGAAACAAGAAAAUGACAUGACAUUGCAGAACGUUCAGAAGAAACAGUUAAAUAAUUUUGCUACCAAGGAAUACACAUGCAGAGUUUUGCGUUUAGAUAAUAAUACCGGAAAUGAUCCUUAUAAAAAAAUAUUUUCUCCUAUAAUUCCGAAAAAGGUUCAGCAGAUACAAAAGAUUGUAGAUACAGAUAUAACCAGCGACAGCAGUGAUUGCAUAGAAUCAGAGUUACGAUAUUUUAAACCAAUCGAUUAUAGAGGGAAUCCUCCUUCUGAAAGAAAACCUGCCAUUAAAGUUCCAACAAAAAAACCUCUUCAAAAUACAUCGGCUAGAAUAUUAUCACCAACUGGCCUGAUAAACUUCCACUCAAACUUCCUGGAAUCUGCGUUUGCCAGGAUAGCUUUCCCAAAAUCAACAGGAGGACGCAAGAGUAAUACGUCCCCAGCCAGUGAUAAUAGUACAAUAGUUUCAAGUAAAUUGAAAAGGACACAUUCGAAAGAUGAAAUUAAUAGUCCCAAACGGAAAAUCAAAAGAAAAGAUUCGGUUGAAGAAAUUGAAGAAGAAUCUCCCACAUUAAUUAGUUUUAGUAAAACCAGUAGGAAAAAAAGGCAGAUAUUUGGGAAAUCGAACAACACUGUCAAGGACAGUUCUUCAAGUCCGCCGUUUUUAGGAUUUGAAAAAAUAUCGGAUUCUAAAGAUAGUAACUCGAAUAUUACUAAUAACAAAAAUAGUAUUAUUGAAAUAAUGGAGGAAGAAAAAUCAAAAAAGCUUUUACAAGAAAUGGCAGAUUUAGAAUUCGCAAAAAAACUACAGGACGAACUUAAUAGAACUGCCCACUACACAAGAAGUUCUCGAAGAAGAAUAGGAAGUAAACGACAAGCCACUCUCGACGAAAUCAUAAAAACUCCAUAUAGGGUUAAGUAAACACAAUGUACGAUAUUAAAAAAAAAUAUUUUUAUCCCAACUAUUCGAUGUAAGUUACUAAUUUGGAUUUCGUUUUAUGAAAAGAAAUUUAUAUUAAUUUAAUACUAAACACGCUGUUUAGAUAUUUUUGUAUAUGCUAUAAGUUAAGUGGUAACAUAUUUGUGAUGUUGGGUUAAAAAAAUUAUAAAAAAGCAUAUGUUCACAUAAUUCAGUUUGGUUUUUUUGUAAUAGAAUGAUUUAUUAUGGAAUCAGUUAUAUCUCUGUAAAGCUCAUAUCAUUGUUGAUAUAACAAGUAUUAAGAACUUAGAAGUUAUAAAAUUUAUAACUUACCUUUUUGUUAUUUCGUUUUAAAGAAAUUACUUAUGAUUUAUAUUAUA